GUGAAAUCUACUUGGGGAGGGUGAAGAGAAGUGUGCCAAGAAGAUUUCCUUUGAGAUGAGUGUGCCAGUUCCCGGUACUGGUGCAGAUUGUUCGAUUGUUCUGUGGAAGAACUUAAGAUACAGAUACAGACAAUUCAUCUACUGACUAGAAGGAAGAGAUGGAAAGUGAAGAGAGACUUUCUGAACAUUGCAGAAUUCACCCAUAAGCCAGGAAGGAUUGUCUUGAGAUAAUAACAAAAGAUGAAGAUUUGUCCCAUCUACAUGCUUUCUGUAAGAAUCAUACAAGCCAGGAACAUCAAGUCAAGAGACCUGUGUGAGUUGUGGUUUGCUUGUGUUUUUAGUCACCUCUAGAGUUUACACAGUGAGCAAUGUUCCUAAGUUCUGAAGGUAUACAAAUAACAUAUACGCAUAAAGCAGAGCAGUAGAAAUACUGACAUCAGGGCUGUAAUUAGAUCAAAUGCCUGAGGUAUCAUUAGUUUAGAGGCCAGAUCUAUUGGCAUUUCAGAGAAACUGUAAAAUCUAAGACUCCCAGCUGAACUUUCUGAACCAGUAAGGGAAAGUAGACCAUGUGAGGGAACUGCAGCCUAUACAUUUUCUUACAGUCAAAAGUCAAUUAGGGAAUUUCAGACCUUCUAAAGAGGGUCAUCUGGGGUGUUUCAUGUUAAAUAAUGUUCCUAAGUUUUUGACUAAGGAGAACCUGUGUAGACCCUGCCCUAACCACAUUCUGAAUGUGCAGGCAAAACAGACUUUUCUGUCUACUUUUUUAUUCCACUUUCUUUAACUUCUUAUCUCACUCUCACAGCCUCCUAUGGCUCAUUCUCAGGGUGUCUGAUGGAUCAGCCAUUCAGCUGUCAUUUUUUGCAGGCUUCUAUGUGCUUCUCAGCCAGCAAAAAGACCUCAAGCUGCCUUUUCUUAUACUCUCACUGUACUUCAGGGACAGUUCCACUUUCCUGCCAAAACCUUGCGGGGCAUUGUUAUUCACUGCUUGAUACCAGUCUGAAGUAUUUAGGCCUCUCGGGCUGCAGUAGACGUCUUCAGUCAAGUCCAGACUCCAGCUCUGAAAGACAUCAACUUGGAGAUUUCUUUUCACACCGCUGUCAAGCUCCACAAAUGACUGCAUCAGACUGCUAUGUGCGCUUGUGGCUGCCAUCUGCUUCAAAUGAAAAGCUUCAGACCAAAACUAUCAAGAAUUCGGACAACCCUGUCUGGAAUGAGACUUUCUACUUUAGGAUCCAGAGAGAAGUUGAGAACAUUUUAGAAUUGGCGGUGUGUGACGAAGAUCCACUCACCAAAGAUGACAUGCAGUUCACAGUUCUUUUUAAUAUUGCUAGAGUCAGACCUGGAGAGAGAGUCCGUGAGAAGUUUGCUUUGAAAUCAGAGAAAGAGAGGUGCAUUAAGAAAUGGGAAAGUUUGGAAGUGGAAUUCUGGAUGGAAAAAAUUCCUGGCCCUCCAGAGUAUGUCAUUACCAACGAUGUCCUAGUGUCCCGUGAAGUUUGGUGUUUGGAAGUACAAGUGGACCAUAGUGAAAGCAGGAAAUAUUUGCGAGAGGGUAAGAAUCUUGUGCUUACGGUGCCUGCAUCUCAUGAAGGAACACAGAAAGCUACAGAAGACACAAAUACCUUCUACUUCCAUUGUGUGAAGGCUUGGGAGCCAGUUCUAAAAGCCAGGCUACAGAAAAUUUCUGAUAAGGAAGAUGACACAAACAAUUUAAGUGACGCCUUAACAGUACCACUGAAAUUUCUCCCUGUUGGGCAUAAAGUGAAAGUAACCCUCCCUGUAAGACAUAAUGUGCCACUGCAGUUGUACCUCCAAUUGAAUGACUGCACAGAAAAACUUGAUGUGCGCUUAGGAUACGAUCUGUGCCGAGAAGAGCAGGAAUUCUUGCAAAAAAGGAAGAGAGUGGUUGCCAGUGCCCUGAAAAGGGUUUUUCAUCUGGAAAGAGAUCUACAUGAACAUGAGGUCCCAGUAAUAGCUGUUAUGGCAACAGGCGGAGGCCUCAGAGCAAUGUCAGCUAUGUUUGGCCAUCUCUUAGCUCUUCAGAAGCUAAAUCUGUUGGACUGUGUUACCUAUCUCACUGGGGCUUCUGGCUCAACAUGGACCCUAGCAGACCUGUAUGAACACGCAGAUUGGUCACAAAAGAGUCUGGAGGGGCCACUCAGAGCAGUAAAAGCACAGGUGACAAAAUGCAAGCUAAACCUUAUGUCUAUGGAGCAUCUGAAGUAUUAUCACAAGGAACUUGCUGAAAGGGCAAAAGCAGGACACGUCUCAUCUUUUACAACGCUGUGGUCACUUGUUCAGGAAAUGUUCUUACAUGGACGGCCGAGGAAGUACAAACUCACAGACCAGCGCAGGGCAUUGGAGUAUGGGCAAAACCCGUUGCCUUUCUACGCAGUCCUCAAUGUGAAAGAGGAAAAGUUCAGUACUUUCAAAUUUAGAGAGUGGGCUGAGUUUUCUCCUUAUGAAGUGGCCAUACCAAAGUACGGAGCCUCCAUUCGUUCAGAAUACUUUGACAGUGAGUUCUUCAUGGGAAGGCGAGUGAAAAAGCUGCCAGAAUCUCGGAUCUGCUAUUUAGAAGGUCUUUGGACAAACAUCUUCACCAGGAAUUUGCUGGAUGGCUUGUACUGGUCCUCAAAUUCAAAUGAAUUCUGGGAGCGAUGGGCCAAAGAUAUGGUAGAUAUAGAGAAACAUUCUCCUGAGGAGGAUACCACUAUCAUUGAGCCUCCAUCUUGUUUGUCGGGGAAGUUGUAUGAAAUGUUUCAGGACAUUAUAACGAAGCGGCCACUACUGGGAAAGUCUCAUAACUUCCUGAGAGGCUUAGAAUUUCAUAAGGAUUAUGUCCACCAGCGAAAAUUUAUUGAAUGGAAAGACACUGUGCUGGACUCGUUCCCUAACAGUCUGACGCCACUGCAGAAAUAUCUUUGCCUGAUAGAUGUUGGCUAUUUCAUUAACACCAGUGGUGCAGCACUUUUUAAGCCAGAGAGGAACGUAGAUGUCAUUAUCUCACUUGAUUAUGGUUUGGGGAAUGCUUUCAAGCAAUUAGAGAUGACAUACAAAUAUUGCAAGAUACAAAAAAUCCCAUUCCCCAAAGUGGAGAUAAGUGAAGAAGAAGCAAAGAACCCAAAGGAAUGUUACGUGUUUGAAGAUGCAGAGGACCCGAGAGCACCCAUAGUAAUUCAUUUCCCUCUUGUGAAUGACACAUUUAAGGAAUUCAAGGCACCUGGGGAAAAGCGCAGUCUCUCAGAGAUGGAAGAAGGCAAAGUAAAUCUGGAAAACAACUGUUCACCCUAUUACCUCAUUAGGCUAAUCUACUCUCCUGAAAAUUUUGACAAACUUGUGAACCUGAGCAAGUACAACAUCCUCAACAACAGAGACCUGCUCUUUCAGGCACUUCAGAAUGCUGUAGAACGGAAAAUAAGUUGCACGACUUGGAAUCUCCCCAGCCACUCUGGAGCUGGAUAUGCCUAGGCUGGGUUUUCAUUCUUUUCCUCACUGAAGGCUACAACAGUCACAUUACAAUGAACUCAUAACAAUCACAGUCACAUUACAAUGCAUCACAGUGUUCAUGAUUUGCAGGAGACUCAGGAAACCUGUACAUUUCUCAUCUUGCCUUGUUCAAGUUCCUGGCUUUCAAAAGAAUUUAUGCAAUCUUCCUCACCCAAGUUUUCAGACCAUAAGAGCCUCACAGUGUAGUUUUACUUGACAAGAAAUGAGAGUCCUGGUUAGCGGAGACCUUUCAGGAAUUCCCCAAUGCUGUAAAAAAUGGUGGUGGUUAUAGCAAUAGUUCUUUACACGUGCCUGUUCCCUCAAUCCUGAGGCCAUUAUCAGUGCUUUUUGAAUGAUACAAUUAUUUACAAACCAAGUCCUGGCCAUUUGCAUUCAGUAAUGUCCAGAUUUUCAGCUAGGCUGAGCAGCAAGAAUUUGCACUGAAUUGGUGGGCUCAGCUCUGAAGUCAGGCCAAAGAGUCAUACAUACCUGUUAACAGCAGCCAAUCUGCAGUGCGGACUGUUACAUUUUGUUUGGCUAAUUCCCCUUGCUGAUGUAGAAAUUAUUCCUUUAUUCCAUUCCCCUGCAAAUGUUUGGCACAGAAAUGCUGCUCCAGACUGCCACGAAGGGGGCAGUUACAUUUCAAGAAGAGAAGACAUGAGACUAUGGUUCUUGCUUUCAAGUUUUGGCUAGAGGAAAAAUUCCACUUAAGGCAUGAGUGAUUAUUUUCGUUUAUAUGGGCAGUGCCUGUAUGAAUUAAAAUGUCAAGAGCUUUUGAAAUAAAAAACUCAGGGUGAAUAGUUGCCAUAGACACAAGUAACUACAUUUAAUUCAAGAACGAUGACCAAGACCUAAGCUAAUGCUUAUUAUGGAUGCAAGCUGAAUGCAGGAUAAAAUAAGUAAUGUAACAGAGUGCAUAGUUACUGCAUUUUCACAACUAGAUUUUUUUCCUCUUUACAGUCUUUAUCCCUAACAUCACAGGCAAGGUAUUUUUAAUAGGUGCUACACUAAAAUGGAACAGAAAUAAAAAAAAGGAAAUUCUUUUUCACACCUCUUUGCUGGAGGAAAAUACUCAGAAAAGAACACUGCCUGUUUUUCAUUUGCUUGGGAUUAUGGUGAGAAAUACUGCCUUGAUCUAAGAGCCUGGAAUAUUGUUACGGCUCUUCGCAGCAUUAAAAAGAUGGUAGAGAAGGAUACGGAGUGCACGAAACAUAAAUCAGAGAAGUUUCUAGGUUUCAUAGCACUGAAGGAGUCGGGCCUGCUUUUGGCAUAUUUAAUCCAAACGUAGGACGUUCACAGAGGCCCAGGAAACUCUUGCACAUUUCUUCUGUGAUGAUAUCUAGAAUGAGUUGUACUUAAAAUUAAAGAAAGAGAAACAGAUCUGCCUAUUUGGUGUAUGCAGGCAGUAUCUGAGCUCAGAGGAGAACACCCACAAAAAGUUUCAUUGCCUGAGCCCUGCUCCUACAAAAUGCUGUCUUCUGUUGCAAGUAAAGGCAGUAAAUAAGCCUCCGCAGUACUCCUUGUAUGGGGCUUACUUGCUGAGUUGAGGAGCACUAUGAGAAGAAAGAAUUAAUCAGAUAUGGCUGCAAGAAAGACAGAAAGAGCUGUUUCGAGUUGAUUUGAAAACUAAGAUGACAGCAGGAGGGGUAUCUCAGAAAACAAAGUCUUACCAGCAGGAUCUGUGACCUUCAUGUAGGAGAAUAUGUCCUGGUGCAGUAUGCCCUAGUGCAGGCAAAUGCACACAGGAGCAGAGGCGGCUGUAUGCUGUUUUACCUCAUCCACCUAAUUUUUACAUGCUGCUAAAAAACCCAUUUUGUUCAUGGGUACAGUGAGUGACCCCUAACACCCGGGGAUCUUGACAGCAUGUAGCCAGCAGUGACACACCUUGAAUGCACUGAGAAAACAGGCUCUGUGUGCUUCACCUACUUGUAACUGGGGCAUGGUUUGUGCCUGCACAGUGCUGCUAAUGCACACAGAGAUGCCUGCUAAAAUGUGAAAGAAAUGGGAAAAAAAGCACAAACCCAGAGUGCCCAGAUAACCCAUGGGAGUCGGUGGGGAACGGGUUCUCUGAGGGACUGUUAAACCCUAUGGUAGGAUGAAGGAGGUCAAGGUGGGGUGGGGGGUGUGAAGAUGUGCUGAUGGUCCCUUUGCCAUGGAACUGUCACCCAUGAUCCUGCACUGCACACCGGGCCAGGGCUGCUGGUUACUCUCACAGCCAAACACUGUGCUAAGUGCCCCAGAGCCUCCUUGGCAUCCCGUGUGGUAGCCUUGUAGCAUUAGAAGACAAUACCUAAGUUUUAAAUGCUUUCUGUUGCAUUUCAAAGCCUGUAAUUAUGUGAGGGCUGCACCACUGCCUAUAAGAAGGUGGCGUUAGUUUCUUUUUUGUUGUGUGAAGCCGAAGAUGCUUGUUGUUGGUCUGACAGUGUGGCAGAAAGCCUUGGAGGGUGUUUGUGGGGGUGAAGUGUGGCGGGACUGGGACCUGCGGGCUCACCCACAGCUUGCUGGGGGAAUGGUGGCUGGCACGUGUUGUCCUCACUACAGCUGGGUUGUGUUUUAAGACAUGCUCAGUCAAACAGCCUGAACCCACAGAACCAGAAAGUGUACUUACAGUGCUUGAUGUGCAGCUGGUUAGUGUGUCCUGUGCUCAGGUCUGCUCCUCGAUCCUGCUCUUCUUUCUAGUGGACACAAGUCUAAAGGAAAGGACCACUGAAAUGUUGUGUGCUUGUUCCUCAUCCCCGUGUGUUGCUUAUGGACAGGUCCGUGCCUGCCAUUGUGGAGUUAUGUUUGUUUAACUGUUGAAAAUGAAUUCACGCCUACAAUGUGCCCAUCCAAAAUGCAACCCAGGUCACAGCUCUCAGAUGAACAUUCAGCUGGAAAGCCCCCAGAAACACAGAGCUUGCUAUCUGCUGCUGAACACAGAGGAAAAAAUGUUUGUUCUUACAAUUCUUAGCUAUAGCUGUAUAGAAAUUGCUUAUAUCUAUUAACUGCUUAAUAAUACAACCAUUAAAACAUAAUGUUGCAAAA